AUGAAUGAGAAGCAGAUUCUCCGCAUGACCAACAGCCCCUUCAUCGUCCGAUUGGCUGCAACCUUCAACGAAAUGCAGUACUUGCACUUCUUGCUGGAGCCAGCCAUGGGUGGGGACCUUUUUACGGUCUACUCCAGAAAACCGCUGCAUGGGUCGGCGCCCCAUGCGCGCUUCUAUUCCGCUUGUGUCAUCCGGGCGUUUCAGCACCUACAUCAGCGGCACAUCAUCUACCGCGACAUGAAGCCCGAGAACCUCCUCUUGGACUCGAACGGGUACUGCAAGGUGACCGACUUCGGCUUAGCGAAGUUCGUCAUCGGCCACACCUACACAACCUGCGGCACGCCGGAAUACUUCGCACCCGAAAUGGUUUUGCAUGUGGGCCACAACUCUGCAGUGGACUGGUGGGCGCUGGGGGUCCUGAUCUACGAGUGCAUGACUGGUGACACGCCUUUCGCGGCUUCGGAGCCGAUUUACAUCUUCCGACAAAUUCAGGCUGGAAUUCAGGCCGCUUAUUUUCCGAGACCGAUCGGGCCGUGGGCCGACUUGGUGAAGCAACUUUGCCACGAGGCGGCGAGCUGUGAGGCUUCAAAGGUCUGGGGCGGGCGGAAGAACGGUUUGAUGCGGGGGUGUCCGCCUUCCGGUUGUCACAGUUUCGUUUAG